CUAAAUUUGUGUAAAGUCGUCUUACUUUGUAAUAAAGUUGUCAAUUUUAUUACUUAAGUGAACGAUAUAUAUAUAUAUAUAUAUCAGUAUUUAUUUAGAGGAUGACAUGUUGAGCUAACAUCAUUACACUGACCUGUAUUGUGUUUAUGCUUCACUUGUAUCUUUGGUAUUACUACUCAAUCGUUCAUUCGUCACAAAGUGUUUCAGUCAACACAUCUAACAGUUACCAUAUAAGUUGACCAUAUCAUAAACGCCAACUUGAAGUAUACAAGUUAAAUAUAUUUAUAUAUUGAAUAUCCAUUGAAAAUUGAAUAGAAAAAAACUACAUGAAUCAAAAUAUACCAACAGUCUGUUCUAAUUUGACCUACCAAUCACAGCAAAAUCCACAUCAACAACAACAACAACAGCAACAACAACAACAACGACAACCGCCAUAUAUCACUGACUCCCGGGUAAGAGCACAAUCACAGUAUGCUAUGCCAAUACAAAUGUAUCGGAAUAAACCUGAUUUUACAAAAAUCACUAAUGAAACCACAUUAGGUGAUUAUGGAUUAUCUAGUGAUAUUUCACCUAAUCAACAUUUUCAUUCAUCAGAACAAAUGUCACCGCGGAAAGCUGAAUUUCACCAUGAUCCAUUGAAUGUGUUAAAUUCAAAGGAGGUACAUUCUUCGAAAGAUAACAGACAAUCGUCUUUAAGUCAAUGCAUAAUAAAUAACGAUGAUAAACUGCAAACAAUUCUUCCAAAUGAAAUGAUAAUUAAUAGUAAUAAUAAUAAUGAAAAUAAGUGUACUACAGUGAAUAAUGAAAAACAACGUGAUGGGAAUGAUGAAGAAAAUCAACCGACUAGUUCAGUUGUUACGACAGAGAAACAUGCCCGUGAAACAUGGGAUACGAAAAUUGAUUUUUUACUCGCUGUUAUUGGUUUCGCUGUAGAUUUAGGCAAUAUAUGGAGAUUUCCGUUUAUUUGUUAUCGUAACGGUGGAGGUGCAUUUCUUAUUCCUUAUUUGGUUAUGUAUAUUUUUGGUGGAUUGCCACUCUUUUAUCUGGAGCUGGCACUAGGACAAUUUCAGCGUAGUGGAUGCUUAACUGUUUGGAGAAGAAUAUGCCCUUUAUUCAGCGGUAUUGGUUUUGGAAUAUGUAUAAUUGCAAGUUAUACAGCAUGGUAUUACAAUACAAUUAUUGCUUGGGCUCUAUUCUACAUGAUCGAUGCAAUGAAGCCACAUUUACCAUGGGAUGGAUGCAACAAUUGGUGGAAUACAAAUUCAUGCGUAACUGUCUACGACAGACUCAUAGAUAAUGCCGUGUUGAAUACGUCACACAAGUAUGAAUUGAAUGAACUGGUUAAUUUAUCGACAAGUAUGAAACACGGCAAUCAAAGUGGUGAUGUUUACUCGUCUACAGAAGAAUAUUUCUAUCGUCGAGUUUUACAAAUACAAUACGCCAAAGGAUAUAAUGAUGUUGGUCCAAUACGCUGGGAGAUAUGCCUCUGCUUAAUUGUAGUAUUCACGAUAGUGUAUUUUUCCCUUUGGAAAGGUGUAAAGAGUAGUGGGAAAGCUGUGUGGGUGACUGCUACUCUGCCUUACGUUAUUUUAUCAAUUCUAUUAGUUCGUGGUUUAACACUACAAGGUUCACUAACUGGCAUAAAAUACUAUUUAACGCCAAAUUUCUCAAGUUUAUUGAGCAUUUCCGUCUGGAGUGAUGCUGCAUCACAAAUCUUCUUUUCACUUGGUCCAGGAUUCGGUGUUCUGCUUGCUUUAUCCAGUUAUAAUAAAUUCCAUAAUAACUGUUACAGAGAUGCAAUGAUUACCAGUUUCAUAAACUGUGCAACAAGUUUUGUCUCAGGUUUCGUUGUAUUCUCUGUUCUUGGAUACAUGUGUUUCCGUAUGGGGAAAACAAUGGAAGAUGUUGCUAAUGAAGGACCUGGUUUAGUAUUCAUUGCCUAUCCUGAAGCUAUUGCAACACUAGCCGGUUCAACAUUCUGGGCCAUUAUAUUCAUGCUAAUGCUCAUCACUCUAGGCCUUGACAGUACAUUUGGUGGACUUGAAGCUAUUAUCACCGCAAUCAUGGAUAGUGUUCCUGCGUUAGCUGGCAGACGAGAAAUUUUUGUCCUUGGAGUAAUUAUAUAUUGUUUAAUUGGCGCGUUAGCAUCAACUACAUGUGGUGGAUAUCUUGUUCUCACUAUGCUUGAUCGUCAUGGAGCCCCGAUUUCAAUUCUAUUCAUUGUGUUCUGUGAAUGCGUGGCGUUAUGCUGGUUUUACGGUACCAAACGAUUUUGUCAAGAUGUGCAAAUGAUGCUGGGAUUUAAGCCUGGUAUAUUUUGGAGAAUUUGUUGGGCUUAUAUAAGUCCAAUAUUUCUUCUGGGCAUUUUCAUAGCAAAUAUAGUUUCCUAUGAAACACAACCUGUCUCCGUGCUGGGUGUUGUUUAUGAACCAACAACUUGGGUUAUAGCAUUAUCAUGGGCUAUAGUUUUUUCAUCGCCAAUAUUUAUCCCGAUAUUAAUGAUUUAUCAAUUACUUAGAGCAAAAGGAACGUUUGUUGAAAGACUACGCUAUCUUACAACACCUGAAGAUAAACCUACCUACUGGGAUCAACAAAUUGAAAUUAACGACGAUGGUGAAUAUGUACCACAGAAUAAAAAACAAAAUCAACAAUCAGUAGAAGAAUCUUAGUAUAUAUGUGAUACUCAUAAUCGCUAACUUAUUAUUCCUUUAUUCCUUAAAACAAAAAGUGUUCAUUAAAAUCUUACUAAUCAUCUCAUAUGCAUAUAUAAACUAUUUCAAUCUUCGAGAUUCAUGUUAUCAUGAGUAUACGAAUAACAUUUAUAAACAUACAUGUGUAUUAUUUUCAAAUGUCUUCUUACAUUUCGACUUAAGUGUGUUACUUGAGGGUCCAGAAAAAGAAGAUGAAGAAGAAGAACCAUGACAGCAACAACAACGACAAAAACCUCAUUACUUAUAAAUACUUAUCAGUACAGUGUUGUUCAAAUUUCAUAUUUCUCAAAAAUAAUAAUCCUUUAAACUACUUUACUUGCCUCAAAUUUCUCUACUCUGAUAAAAUUCAUGAAUAUAAGCAUCACUGCCUCUGGUUCUUUGUAUCAAUAGUCAGUCACAUAUACAUAUAUAUACCUGCUUAUCUUACACUUUCCUUAUCCCUUCUAUUCUUCAUUCUCUUCACUUUAACAUACAACUUUUAUGUUAGCCAAUGUGAAACGGAACAUUUUGUGAAGAAAAGGUCGACUAGGAUUCUUACUAUCAUUAUUAUUAUGAUUAUUAUUAUUACUAUAUAUACUUAAAAAGACAGAAAUUGCAUUUGACUUAGAAUGUUAAAUGAAGUAAAGGAAACUGUCAGAAAUCAUAGUGCAUAGAUAUCAUUUUCGUGUCUAUGCACAACCUAAUUACAAGUUCAAAUAAGUUUUUUGGCUUCCAUGGGUUUUCGUUCUAUAUAUAUAUAUACAUAUUUAUAUAAAUAUAUCGCAACAAACUACUUAAAUCUAUUUAAU